CACUCAACACUCAACACAGUAUUGUCAACUCGAUUGCGAGACAUGACUCACGCUUUUCUCACUCAUUUCGACGUGUUUUACACUUUGUUGUCUGCUUUGUGAUACAGUUUGAGACAGACGGCAGCCACAACCGCGCUCACAUUGAGGACGACACCGAGCGAGGAGGGCCUGGACAACCGUCGGGACGCUUGGUAUGGAAUGGAAGGACAUGGGGGGCUGUUUGAGCAUCAUGACCUGCAAUACACCUUCUGCAGCUGACGACAGAUCCGAGGACGCAGAAGAAGAGAUUGACGGAGCUCUGUCUGCAGCGAUGCAACCAUUGCUCAGGAACGUCGUCGCCGGAGGGAUGGCCGCUGAGCCACAGGUGCCCCGCAUGACCCCCGAACAGGUCGCCUGCAUCAACAAUAGUAUGGAAUCGUUGGUCACGGUUACAAACAGCGUUAGUAUCCAUCGGAUUAUUGAGGUGAUGCGCCAGAAUGGAGUUGAAAUUGAGGAGUACAAACUGACUGGAGACAACUCAAAGACCGAGCAGGAUGUUCGGCAGUUCUACACUAAAUUAUUAUAUUUGGAUCACCCCAACAUGUUUGAGGAACUCUGCAACACCUGUCAUCUUCUGGGAUUCGACGACAUAAACAAGCACUUCAUUAAGCUCAUGCCGUCACGUCCACGCCCCAUUACACGCCAAAUUAGUGAGGAGUCGGAAACAACUCAAACGAUGCUUUCGUCAAAUGGCGAUGAGGCUCAAGAAGAAUUUGUUGGCAUGAAUGAAGAACAACGCAAUUUGAUCAUGAGCAACAUAAACAAGCUCGCGGACCAUAUCUCCAACGCCAAUCUCAAAGAUGCUGUGGACUUGAUGAGUGACGUGAUACCUUCAGAUCAAUACUCAUAUUUUAAAAAGACUUCACACACCAACUCCAAAAUUGUUGACUUUUUCUCCUACGUUACGCAGAUGGAGUGUGAGGACCCGUAUAGGCGCUUAGCUGCCGCGUUCAUGCGCAAUACCCAAGUGACAAAUAUCCUCAGCCAGUAUUAUUACUCCAAACCUCGCGAAAACAUCUCAUACCAAAACCCGCCUAGACAAACCAAUGGAAGCGGAGCCAAACCAUCUAUUUUAACAGAGAAGCUCAGUGACAUCAAUCCUGAUGUUAAAAAAGCGGUCAAGGAGGGAGCAUACAAUGAAAAGGCUAAGUUUGUUAUGGAAACUCACCAAGAUUUGGAUGCUGAAGUAGUCUCGAAUCCCGGACACAUCAAAGUGAAACCAUCCAGGAAGAGAUUUGAUUUGGACGCAAACAACAAAUUAAAUCGCAAGGAAGUCUACAGAUGCCUGUCCAACCCUAAGGGCUCGGCACUUGUGUUGAACAUCUAUUCAUACCCCCAUUACAACCAUGAAGAGAAGGAGCGCCAGGGUUCAGAGAUCGACACGAAAAAUAUUACUGCACUCCUGAGGGAGCUAGGCUUUCUAGUUACCAAUUUCCCUGAGAAUCUUAAGGAGGAAGUUACUGCGGAGAUGUUUAAGGGAGCCAUCAGAAGCUUCGCCCAGAGCAUAGACCACUACUGCACUGAUGUGUGUUUCAUGGUGAUCAUGGCGCACGGCGAAGAGCUGGAGACUAGUGGUAGAGGAAAUGCAAUCUUGUGCUCAGAUGGCAAGUCGGUGCCUAUGACUUGGAUACACUCGCAGUUCAGCUCACAGUCGUGUAAAUUUUUGAUAGGCAAGCCGAAAGUCUUCUGCUAUCAGACGUGCCGGGGAAUGAGUCCUCAGAACCCUCAGGUGAAUCAGUACAACCCGAAAAUAUCUCCUUUAAGAGUCGGUUGUACUGACGGACGAGGCCAUAUAGGUCAGCAGGAGACGGUCAUACCGACGACUCUAAAUUCGAAUUCGGAAAGAAUUCUGGACGAUAUGCUAGUGUGCCAUGCUGCUCCGCAAGGAUUUCAAGCUCAACGAGACAGAGAGAUCGGCUCUGUUUUCAUCCGAACCAUAAUCGAGGUGUUUGUUGCAAUGGCCCACGACACACAUGUCCAAAGGAUGAUGGUUGAGGUCGAUCGAAAAAUUAAAAGUAUGACCAAUGAAACGUUCUGUCAGACGACGACAUUCGAAUCAAUUGGAUUCGACAGGGAAUUGUACCUCCACCCUCACCUGUACCGCGACACGGAAGAGGAGCCUGAAGAAGGCGCAAGUUGCGUCACAGAAAAAGCUGGGACCUCUGAAGGAGGAGACUGUUGAUUUAAAUCUCGGUUGCUAAUUUUUAUUAUUUAUGAUUUGCGCCAAUUAUGUAUGUAAUUUUGGCGACAUUCCUAUUAUGUGUAAAGGUGUCAUUUUCAAAUUUUUGGUCUUUUAGCAAGGAAAAUUGAUUGAUUCUCAAUCUCAACACUUCUGGGUCCAGUAUGAUACACUGACUGCGAUAGUUAUUGCGAUAAUAAUUGUAAACUUUGUGACGAACAAACUAAACCUUUUGUCAACACGAUCAAGCAUAAUCGAGAAACUAAGUUGGUGAGCAUUUACUCAUUUCAUGAGGUUUUCGAAAUAGAAAAAAUAAUUUUUGAUAUGCAAUAGUCACGGACAAUUCGUAACUGAUGAGUGAUAUAUAAAAUAAGUCGUUCUCAAGUAUUUGCUCAGUUCAAUAUCCAAGCAAGCCAUUGUGGGAUUUAGAAGUAUGUUUUGUGUGCUCUCUGUGGUGAAGUCUCGACUGAUUAUUUAUGACAUUUACGAAAAAUCAUGUAGAAACCUCUGUCAAUUUUUAUUUUGAUUUUUCCGUGCCCAACAUGUUCUGCGGACCAUUUGAUACUGCUUUUUAGUUUCAUCUGUCGUUGUUUACGAUUUUAGAACUUAUCAUCUUUAGAUAAAAUUGACUAAAAGCAUGUUAUUUCAUUCAUUGACUCUUUAUGCAUAGCUAUCAGAGAACCAAGUGCAAUUAUAUUAGAUGUAUGCAAUGGAAUAUUGUGAAUGCGUAAACUAAUUGGGAAAGUUGAAUUUCCUCAAAAUGUAUUAUAAGUUACGUUAAGGCCAAAUUAAAACUCAUCUAUUUUAGGUGAACCAAA